CUAACACUUACCUAACACUUCAGCGCCCCUGCUGCUAAUGUUAGGUAACAACAUAUACCAAAAAAGGCAACAAUUCAUGCUUUCCCACCUGUUAGCCUUUUCUAAAUAUCGCACAUCAGUGUUUGUACAAUCAGUUUUUAAUAAAAAAAAAUAGAGCAAUCAAUACACUUUAUGUAAAUAUAUUCUGAAAAUACACUUACGUAUUGGGUUACAAAAAUUUAAAGGAAGCGUGGGUAUGCAAAAUUAUGUCACAAGUAUUUCAAAUUGUGUAACACAAUCUUGGUACAGACUUCAAGGAAAGAAAUGUGGGCCAACCAACUGUUAAUGUUAAAAUUCCAAAAUGUUAUCAUGCCAACAUGAAUAUUUCAUGUACAUGCAGCACGUUGCUUCCCGAAGAGAACUGUUUCAAUCUUUUGCAUUACAAGACUUAUAAGUUAGUCAAUAUUUGUCCAUUUUACUUGUAAAUAUAAUGUGAUAGAUACAUCGCAUUGGUGGGGAUAGUUGCUGUGGGUAUGAUAGUACUGGACUGAACUACAAACUAAGGUUCAGACGUGGGGAAACGGAUACAGCUAACUGAAGGGCAGGCAGGAUUGGAAGUACAUGAUGUAUCCGUACUCUAUCUAAAUAUAUUGUAUCAGACUUGUCUAAGCACCACACAGUAUGCUGUGCAGGUGAGCAGUGUCCUUUGAAGACUUUUGCUUUGGUGAUGCAGGACUAGGCCUAAACAUUGUCAGCAGAACAAGAGGCAUACUGAAAUCCACACCAUGCACUAAAAGCAUUCCCUUGCGACGCAUUCCUCCAUCAUGCAGCAAUAUCUCAUAGUGAUUAACCAUGCACUAACAGCGUUCCCUUGUGACAAAUGUGUGACAUCAUUGCUGUAAUAUUGUAUAGUUAUAAACAAUUUUUAUGCUUGUACCCUUACUGCUACUUAUCUAUAAACCAGAUUCUGAGCAUGUGUCUGCCGUAUAGGCAACAGAAACUAGGAAAGACACAGAAAGCAGGAGGCGCCAUUGGUCAGAAAAUUAGGCCUAGGUCUACUUAUUACCAGUUAUAUGGUUAUUCAGUAGCCUACUUACUCGUUUCAUCACAUUACCGUGUGCAUAAGGCAUAUUCCCGUUUGUGACGGUAGUUCUGGAAUGCGGUAUAGUUCUUGGCAGACUAGUUCUAAAUUGCCCUGCAGCUAUGACACUGGGAUCUCUUGAUAAAUAUCCAUUGUUCGAAUUCAGACAAACUAAAGUAUGCAGAACACAGCCUGCAUGACAAAUAAUAAUUUUCUUAAACUGGUAUUUUGUGUAAGCCUAAUAUGUACUCCGUAUGUUCAACUAUAACUUGUAUGUAAACCAAAGAAGGUAGACACAGACAGAUUACUCUCGCUAGGAUAGAUGUAUUUAUGAACACAUGCUUACAAUUUUUUCAUUAAGAAACAGUAACUUUUCUCAUGUUCAAUGAAAUAAACGUACCCAUACGGCCCCAGUCCGAAUUGGUAGUUUUCCUCGUGCGCGGUUGGGUUAACGGUUAGUUCCGUUCUCUAUGCCUGCACGUGUGGGGGGACGUUGAGUUAAAGUAACUGCUAACAUUCGUCCAGAAUGAAACGCCUACAAGUUAGCUAGCUAGAUAACGUUUAGCCUACUUCCAAAACAGAGCGAAUGAGAAGAAACUCUAACGAAAAAUAUUACGGUAUCAAUUAUAGCUUCGCAUUAACGACUAAUUUCUAGGCUAAUGCUUUAAAAUGAAACGUACUACUUCGUAACAACAUCCGUAGCCAGACAGAUAACUUGCAGACUUUCGUCGGUUUGCUAACUGGUUAGCAAUCUGGCCAUUAUUCCUUCUCUUUUGAUCAUCGGUGCCUUAAGUCACUGAGAGCUGAAUGUUUCCUGUUCAGUAAUGUUCCAGCAAAAGAUAAACAAAACUCAUCCACGAAUUAACCAGCAGUGUUUAUUUUAUCGGAACAGAUCGAAACAUGUAUCCCAACGUAUGGAACAUUAAAGAGAUUUUAAGUAUAUCGAAUGGAGGGAGUAAAUCCUCUGGCCGAAGUAGUGCCACCAGCGAUUACUCCAGCCUGACAGACUCCCAGUUUCUGUUUGGGUCCCAGUUCUGGUCAGAUCAAAUGGGCCUUUCCCAGGAAAUGAGUCUACAGUCCAAGAACUCUCAGCAAAACUCACAGGAGGUAAAUGAGCCCAAAGUUUCAACAAACUACCACACCAAGCCUUACCUGUUCGGUGGAGAUUCAAAGGACAAAAGCAAGAUGCCGAAUUUCACAUGCAGCAAAACCAAAGGAAUCCUGGGGCAGUUUGAGGAGGAGAAAAAAAAAGCAAAAGAGAAGACUGAAAGUGAGAUGCUCAUGAGUGAAUUGUCACAGCUUAAGGAAUGCAUGGAAAAUAUGAAGAAUUCCUUAAGCAGCAUGGAUGGAAACACAGGUUCUACUAAAAGAGUUGUAGUGGAAGCCUUGAAUGGUUUCACAAUAACAUUUCAGGGUGCUGUGGGCAGCAUGCAAGAAGGCUUCGCAGUGCAGUUGGGGGCAGUGCUGGACAAGCUCAACUGCCAGUCAGAGGCCCUACGAGACAUGGAGAACAGGGAGUCCAAGGUAGUUUCAGAGGUGGCCACUCUGGCUACAUGCAUGCACAGCCUGCAGCAGGAGUUGAAGAGCUUGAGGACUGAGCAGGCCAGGAAGCAGUGCAUGAUGGGAGAGAUGCUCUCCUGGCUGCAGGCUCUGACCUCCACUCAGCCGCCAUCGGCCCCCGUGGCAGACAGUGGUGUGCAGACAUCGCCCUGCCCCUGGGAGAGACUCUGUCUGGUUAGCGAGAAGACGCAGUACAUCCAGAGCCUGCAGCUGAGCACAGGGCCAGCACCACAGCCUCCAGGAGUGACUGGAUACUUUGGGCCACUGCGGCCCAUUGACCAGGAACCCUGCCGAACCAGCGAGCCAAACCUGCGGGUUGCUGCCCACACAGAGCCGGAGCGAGCUGAGGCUCUGGCAGACAGAACGUGUGAGAUGCAUGAGCAGAAACCAUACCGUACCCACCCUGCCACGGCUCACAUGCCGGGAAUACAAAAAGGUGCAGCCGACACAGGGCCGCAGGAAACUGCAGCUGCCUGCAGCCAGCCCGGAGCCACGCAGGAGAACCUCGGGCCCCUGUCUCGAGAUGACGGAGGCAUUCACCGAACUGGCGGAGUCCCUAAGCUAGCUGGCAGGCAGAAGAGAACUGCCCAGAGAGGGCAGAGAACAUGGAUGCCCAAGAGGAGGAAGAAGGUCCAGCCGCUGCGUGGGGGGCAGGGCAGUGGCAACAGGGGCAGAGCGAUAAUGCCUGCCCCCACUUCCUGCCAGAGUCCAGCCUAUCACACGUACGAGAACGCAGGGGCAUGCUUCAAUCCCUGUGCAGGUUGGUCCCAGGACAGCAACAGCAUACAAUUUGUCUCCGGGUGUGAGGCGACCACAGCAUCAUGGGUAAUACCACUCCCUGCAGCCAAGACUGAGAUCACACAGAAGGGGUUUUGGCAGCUGUUUGAUUUCUGUGAUGAUUCUGACUAGACACACCAUCUGUAAGCAUGCUGAGGUGUUUCUAAAAAAAGCCAUCAUCUGAAUAGGACUUGUUCGUACCUAGUGUAGGUCAGGGGUGUCAAAAGCAUCUGCAGCUUUUUCCUUUUAGUCAGCAAUCAGUUCAGGCAUUGGAGGAAGUUGCAUGGACUCUUUAGCUAAUCAGUGUCUUAAGUGAAUCCCUUAAGAGCUGAAACACAGCAAAAAUCAGCAAAUGCUGUGGCCAACCAAGACUGGAGUCUUACAGCCCUGCUGUAGCUUUUGUUAAAGCUCCUAAUAGAUAUUGGGUACUGUUAUUACAGCAAUGUACUGUCAUAUACAAGCCUUUCAUUGCUUGCUCUAUAAUGAUUAAUUCCAGGGAUUGUAUGUUUAAAAAAAAAAAAAAAAAACUUUUUUUUAUAUAAUAUUAAACUGUAAAAUGUAUGGAACCUUAACACAUUACUUAUACAUCAGAACAAAGGUUUUACAGACUGACCAAAAUCUGUUUUAGGCAUCGGUCAGUCUGCCACACUGAUGCAGUGCUACUGCUGGUACUCAAGAUCAGCACAAGCUUGUUCAACCGUUUUUAGCCACAGAAAUGCACCAUUGCCAUCUGUCUCCUUGAAGACUUCGGCCAAACCACUUUAACCGAUAAAACUACUUUUUGAUCUAUUAAUGCUACGUAAUUUCUUUCCUCUUCUUAACGACAAUGCAAAUUUCUGAGCACAUUACUGUAGGAAGUCUCAAAAUUCCUAGUCUACUACCCUCAUGCAGUUCAGUUGGAAUUCAAGACAGUUUUUUCCAGGGAAUUUUCCCCAAAAACUCGUGUUUUUGCUUUUGUUUGCAAUAGUGUCCCGUUAAUUUAUACCUUUGUGGCAUGUUCCUUGAUUUCAUGAUCAAUAAAACUAACCACAUAUUUCUCAUCUUUCUUUA